AUGGCGACCUCACCCCCCUACGCCCCCCAAUACGGCGGCACCUCCCACCGACCACGCCCCCCCCCCAAACGCCGCAAGCCCUCCACAACCUCCACCCACUCCGCCCACCCCCUCCGCCAAACCUCCUUCCCCCCCGACGGCCUCAACCGCGCCUACUCCGCCGACGCGCGCUCCCCCUCAGCAGACGCCACAAGCAUGGUCUCCAGCAGCGUCGUGUCCAAGCCGCCCAAGAAACGGGGACGGAAAGGGAAAGGGGGGGCAGAUGAGGGGAGUCUUGUUGGGGGAGGGAGCACGGCGAUGUCGAUGGCGUCGGGGGAGAGACAGAGGGAGGGGACCAGGGGGGCGAGUCCGGAAGAUGAUGAUGAGGAGGUGGGGACGUUGGAUGUGGCGCUUGUGGCGCGCACGAAUGAGGAGAAGGAGAAGGAGAAGUAUUAUCGUGCGUUGUUGGUUGGGGCGCUGGAUCCGGAUCAGUAUGCGAGGUAUGAGAGGUGGAGGUCUAGCAAGCUUGCUGAUGCUGUGGUGCGACGGCUCGUGAACCAGACGCUUUCCCAAUCCGUCCCGAGUAACGUCGUUAUGGCCGUUAAAUCCGUGACCAAAGUUUUCGCAGGCGAGCUGAUCGAGCGCGCCCGCAAGAUCCAAACGCAAUGGCUUGCUGCCUCAGCGGAAUCCCAGAUCGAUGACCCUGAAGCGCGCGGCGCCGCGCCCGUCGACACCAGCAAGGACGUCCAGCUCUGGGAGGCGAAUAAGGAAGAAGAAAGGCGCGGUCCGUUGACAGCGGAGCACUUGCGCGAGGCGCUACGGAGGUAUAAAGCUGAGAGGGCCGGGGGGCUGGUGGGGUUGAUGGGCUUGGAUCGGGGGCAGCAUUCGACGGGGGCGGAUCGGUUUGGGUUGAAGGCGAGGGGGAGGAGGUUGCUUGGGUAGGGAGGCAGGUGGGGAUGGGAUGGGGAUGAGGGGCGUUUAAUGCAUGCAUUUGCGGAGUUUGGGAUGAGGAGAGCAAGGAGGAGGCUGGGCGUGGUCGGUGUAUCAUAUCAAUCGCGUAUUUGAGAGCGAAUAAUUCGGGGGUUUGGGCUGUAUGUUUAUAAUAUAGGUUUGCAGAGGUUGGCGCCCUGGAAAGGCAGCGAGAAAUGGGUAUCACAAGGGUAUUUUACCCAAAUGCAUGACUGUCU